AUGGCAUCUCAACUCGCAAGAUCAGCUCGACGUCUUCCUCCUCACCAAGUGGAUUGUAUUUGGUGGAAAAAAGGCUAUUGCCAUCGGGGCACCAAAUGCUUCUUCCGUCAUGACGCAGCUCUAGCGGGGGUGGACAAGGAUAAAGACCACACUCCUCAAACAACCAAAUCUCCAGAGUCAGAUCCUCCAGCGACAUCUCCAUCAGCGCCCUCCACUGGACCCGCUUCGUCGGAAACCCGGGAACCGUGUGCGAUCUGUUUAGACACGCCAGUGACCUAUGGUCUUCUUAUCCAUUGCGACCACGUCUUCUGCCUAGAUUGUAUCCGCAGCUGGCGCUCCUCGUCCAAGCCGGAGGAACCAGAGGAUUAUCCGACAGACCAAGCAGCGCUUUCAAAGACCACCAAAACCUGUCCGCUAUGCAGGAAGAAGAGUGCCUUCGUGAUCCCAAGCUCCAUAUUCCCUACUCCGCCGUCUUCUGACAUUUCCGCGGCCACCAAAGACAUAGCCCAGGCCAGCGGGGAGUCAGGCGCAGAAGAAAAGAAAAACCCCGUCAAGGAUGAGAUCAUACAAGGAUAUCUUGAGAAACUAAAGAAAAUACCAUGUCGCUAUUUCGAAGAAGAGUCUAAACGGUUGCGUGUUGCGGUUGCUGCUUUCGAAGCUGGAGACACAGACGUUCAGUCGCUUACCAAGCUCAAGUUUCGGCCGCGAUGCGGCUUCGCAAAUCAAUGUCACUACGCUCACAUCGAUCCAGUCACGAACAAACCAUAUAUCUUUUCUCAACUAGAAAUAAAGCGGAUGAAACGCAAGAGGCUCGAGGAGAGAGCUCAACAACUUAGGGCAGGCUUCCAGAUUGGACAUUCUGCGCACUUGGAAAUGAUAACGCGUGGUUUUGAAACAUUCGCCUUUGAGAGGCGCGCUGCAGAAGGAGCUCAUCGAGGCCCACAUGAUAUAGCCGACCACGAGAUUAAUUUGCAGGACCUACAUCUUGCGUUUACCAUGGCGAGCCUGGAUGCUUUUGGCCAUCCGGAAACAUGA